AUGAAUGAACUACAUCUGGAAUUGAAAAGACCAGUGGUAAUAUGUGGUCCAUCGGGGUGUGGAAAAAGUACUUGCAUAAGAAUGUUGAUCAGUAAAUAUCCCAAUUCAUUUCGUUAUUGUGUAUCACAUACAACUCGACCCAGACGUCCAGAUGAAAUUCAUACAAAAGAUUAUAACUUUGUGUCAAAAGAAGAGUUUGACAAAGCAAUCAAUAAUGAUGAAUUCAUUGAAUAUGUAAUGUUUUCUGGACAUUAUUAUGGAACGAGUAAAUCUGAAUUAAAGAAAGCUGAACUGGAGAAUCGUGUCUGUUUAAUGGAUGUCGAUAUACAAGGUGUUGAAAAGCUACAGAAAACAGACAUUAAUCCAGUGUGCAUUUUUAUACGUCCUAGAAGUUUUGCUAUACUAGAGAAACGUUUACGAUCUCGUUCUACAGAAAGUGAAGAUAGAAUUCUUCAACGUCUUGCAGUUGCACAUCAGGAAAUGCAAUACGGUAUAUCUGAAGGUAAAUUCGAUGCUGUGAUUGUUAAUGAUAAUGUGGACAAAAUGGUACAAGAAGUAAUUGAUGUGAUCAAACAAAAAUUGAGCAUUUAA